AUGAAUUCCCUCAAAUGCAUUCCUUCUGAUAGUAUUGUAAGUUGAAAACAAAAAAACAAAACUAUAUUCGAGAUCAUCCAGAAUAAUUUCAUUUAUCCAAUAUCCGAAACUAAUGGGCAGAAAUUGCUGAAAGCCUGUCAGAAGAUGAUUCAAGAGGCUGAUAAUGAGCAGGUGGCACUGAAAAGCGGAUAAUUGACAAGAAAAGCAUAUCUUUCAGCUAUUAUCGACCAGCAUGAUGGAGCAACACCAAAGCUCCGACCAAAAUCCUCAACCAUCAGUUUUCUUUACCUAUGCAAACAAUGGAGAUAAUGUAAGUUGUGUAUCUUCUGAAUAUUCAACCGUGGGAAAAACACACAGUAAUGGGAAGAAAAACGAACCUUUCUGCCAAACCAAAGCUAUUUUCAGACGACAAUGUUUUUUGAGAACACAUCCAUGCCAAUCGUCCUCGAGGAACAUAGCGCUCCUACGCCGAUCGAACCGCAAGUGAGUCAUUUUUUUCCGAAAAUCUGUUUCUUUCUCUCUAGAUUUGUCUAUGUGUUGACGCGAAUAUUGAUAUUCUAAUGUUCAGCGCACAAAAUUCAUUUCUAUUUUCUGCGCGUUUCCCAUCAUGAGAAAUGAUAUUGUUACGUAGAGAAUGAGAACAACAUCGUGGUUUUGAAUGUUUUAACAUGCUUUUCCUAAUGGAAUCGAAGGUUUUAAAUGGAUAUGCAUUAGCUUUUUUUUGUGAACAAAAGUCAUUUCGCGUCUCGCUUCCAUAGGCGUGUGGCGGCUCACUGCUAGCUAUGUUGCUCCUGAAUUCUCUGUUGAAGAUGGAAGUUCCUCAACGACGCUACCAACCUUAUCGUCGUCGUAUGAUUGACUUCAAAGUGCAAGAACUCAAAGCUGAGUGCAAAAAAAGGAUGCUGCCCGUUUCCGGUGAGUUUCUUGUGCUUAAAUUUAAAUAAGGGUUAUAAAUUCGGCAUUGCAGGUCCAAAAACGCAAUUGUUGGAGCGCUUGCGCCCAUAUGAAAAUGAGAUCAUGAAUGAUGAAGAGAGGAACAAUCGGAAAAACUCGGCGAGCGACGUGAGCCAAGAAGUUCGCAAUAUCGAAGAGAUCAUCUCCAACUCUCCGCCGUCGCUUUUCAACAUGCAUCAGGAACCGCAAAGAGAAAUUUUCAACACCAACGAGUCUGGAGUCGCUCUUCCCACUGUUCAAGGGUAUGACUUCCAAAGAGUUGGAUGAGAAUUUUCUCAGUCUCGCCACAAAAAUCUUCAAUCACGGUUUUGUCAAUUUUUAAUCACUCAACAUUACGAAUCUUUUCCAUAACCGGUAUAUUGUGUAAAGUAUGAUCGAUUGUUCCAGAUAUACAACUCUGGCAAGCAAUGUUUUCGAAAAAUGGGACGGUAUCCAGCAGGCGCAGCCCGAGCAGCCGGCCCAAUCGAUAAAUUUGACGGCGCAACAGUAUCUGCCGCAAUCUUCUCCCCCAGAAGCGCACAAUCAAUCCAGCAACCUCAUUCUGCAGAUACCAGCGCCGCAGAACGGGCAGCCAGCUCCUCAGAUGGUGCAGGUGCGCUUGUUUUGGAAUGUGAAAAAAAAAACGGAAACACGGUAGUUCUAAGAGCGUAGAAAGAGUUUUCUGAAAAUUUGCUCAAAACCAGCUAUCUUGAUAUUUUGCAAACUUUCAACAAUAAAUAUACGCUUUACUGCGUUUUGCUCAAAUUAUAGUAAUCAAAUCUUUAUCUUUGAAGUUGAUUUUCGAACUCCGCAAAUCCCGGAACGAUUCGCACGCGGCAUUAUUAGAGAGCGGUAAAGCGAAUUGCCAAAGGCGGCUGGAUCUUUUGAUCUCCGCUGAGCAAAAAUAAAUAUUGAGCCAUCCCACCUGCGUCUCUUCUAGAAGCAAUGAAAAGCAAUAUUGGGUAUAAAAACGCGCUUUCAAUAUUUUUUUAUUUUGGCUGAGUACAAGCAUUUAAAAGGAUAGCGUCGUAAGCUGCAAUACACUAUUUGUGAAAUUCUUUCUCUUAUCUAAUUAUCUUCAUAUCUCUUUGCGAAAAGAACAAAGACCUUUUGCUCGCUGGAUAACGUGGAGAGGAAGCUUGGGAUGUCUGUUCAUCAAACAUUGGAUGAUUUCUGCCCCUUAGCGGCAACAGUUGUCCUUGUGAGAAGAAAGGCAAGGAUGUGUUUUCUGCAGGUCGCUCAAAAAAAAUCACGCUCGGAAGUUUUUCAACUUCGAGAUGCAAGAAAUACAACUUGUACCUUGUUUACAAACCAAAAAUUAAAAAAACAUUUUGGAACGGAUUGAAUUAAUUUUUUUCUGAUGAAAAGGAGGCUGUGCGAAACUCUUUUUUUUUUUAAUUUUCUGGAGACACGCGAACGAAUAUUUCACGAUAUUCUCGCGGUUUUUUUAGGUUGAAAAAACUCUUCAAUAAUAACGCUAGUAAAUUAUUUUAUUAUUUUUUUGCUUUUUUUCAACUUUUCAACGUAGUUCCGAGAAUAAUGUUCCUUGUUUUCAAACUCACGUAAAAAAAAAGGAAGUGAGGUGAUUGGAUCACGAAUUCGAUCUUACGAUCUGAGUUGAAGCCCGAGGAGACACUUGCAGUGGAUCGACAAAUGUUUUCCCCACAAGCGCCGCGUUCCGAUGAAACAGUUGUCGCGAACUUGGCAAAAUAAAGUAGAAAAAAUUCUAGUUUGAUCAGCUCAGUGCAAAAUAAUAUUUUCCGGAAAACGUGGAAACUUCCUGAUAAACAAGAGAGAACGUGAAUCGGAUGAGAAAGUGUAUGGUAGAGUGAAGUAUGACAGCAGUAAAAGAGCAACAGCUAAAGUCUCCAAUGAAUCUCAUCUCUUCGAAGCCAAGAUUUUCAAGGACUACGAAUGAUCUUGUCAGAACUCAAAAAUUAAAUUACUCAUCUUAAUUAACAAAUCUCUUGAAUUUUUUUCACCCGACCAAUGAUCUCUUGAGUUUCAACUGUUUUUAAAUAGUAGCAAGUAUUUUUCAAAAAUUUUUGGGGAAAUGCGAAUAAAAAAACGAACUUUAAAGUUUUUUUUGUUUUUCUUAUAACUUGUCACAAUUUCAACAUUUUUUUUAAAUGUCAUCGCAAAAAAAUUUUUUUGAGGUGCUCGAUGCUAAUGGUACGGUUCUUGGAAUGGCUUCGGUUCAAUAUCCGGUCAUGACAACUUUUCAAGAAAACCAGUCAAGUAUCAUACACCCAUCCGUUUUUCUCAAGUAUGUGGAUCAGUUAUUUCGCAUAAAUAUCUUCGAAUUACAGCCAACAAGAAAAUACUUCGGUUUUUAAUGAGGUUAACACACACCAAGGACGGGUGCAGCCUGGCCAAAUCAUUCAGAAAAACGAUAAAACUUACCAGUUUUCUCAAAUGGGUUCUGGAGGACAGGUGUGCGGCAAUUCAAACCAUCGUUAUUUUCUUUUUCAGUUUACAAUGGCGCCAAGCGAGCACACUCGUCACGAAAUAAUUUCAAGUGUUCAUUCCGCUGUGCAGACUUUACAUUGUGGUACGAUUUUGCAAAAAAAAAUUGAUUUAUUGGCUGCCAACAGGUCCUCCAAAGACAACGGCAACUGUGUCGAGCACCGGGCCACUGCUCCUUCACAAACGUUUGUUGAAAAAGAAAGAAAAGAGAAGGAAGUAAAUCGAUAUUUAGCGAUGCAACAAGGGAGCGUUCAAAUCAAUCAAGCGGUUGUGCAGCAGCCAGUUCAGUGUCAGCUUCUUGUUCAGGAAAAAACGGUACAAGGAGGCUGCUUAAAAAAAUGAAAGUUUUUAAAAUUAUAGAACGAAAGUCAAUCGAAAAAUGUGCAUCAUGUAAUGCUCUCUCAGAUGGGCAGUAUCGCGCAACAAUCCGCCAAUCCGAUGUAACCAGAAAUAAAUUUUCCUUUGAAAAAAAUAGUCGAUUUUCUAGAAGCCCACUUGCUGCGGAUCAUGCUGGAAACUCUCCAAACAUGCCUGGAUCGACUAAUCUGUGCGUUGUUAAUGCGCCGAGCGGAGAAAUGACUGAGAUUGUCGCUGAGUCGGGCGACGGAUCCGUUCAGAAUCCAAUCACCCUUGAAACUGCUGAUCCAUCCAAACUGUAAAAUCGAAAGACGUUCUGCUGGAUAAACUUCUCGAUUCAGGCUGACUCCUAUGUCACUGCAGGUACACGAAGAAAUGCUGCGAGAACAGCAGCGUGAUAUUGAAGAGCUGAUCCGGAAGCUGACACAAAAUCAAACAACUUUGAAAAAGCAGCAGCAGCUCAUUCUCACUGCCAAGAAGACUCAGGUACAGAGGACCUAUGAUUUUUUUAAAAUUAAAUAUAAUGUUUUUUAAUAUGAUAAUUAAUUCGCUCAAAUUUCAGCAGCGUCUUCGAGAGCAGAAGCGGGAACACGUUCCAGCAGCUCCCACAAACGCUGAAAUCGGUGUAGUCAACAAACAACACAUCCAACAGUUUUUGCAACAUCGCCUCCAUCAGCAGCAGUGUCAGGUAUCAGAACUGAACUUUUUUUUUCAAAGUAUGCCAAAAACGAUAUCAUCCAGACUUUGAUCUCUGAGCACAACCGACUUGCCAAGAACGAAAUUCGUCUGCAGGAAGAACUUCAUGUUGAACAAGCGGUUAAUGACAUUGUUCGUUUGAUAAAACAGGUGAGUUAAUGAGAGUGAUGAGAUGGACAGGAAAACAUGUUUCGAAUUUGAGGACGCACGCACAGCUCUAUUGAUUGUGCAACUCUUGCGCCGCUACCAGCUGGAACGAGAUCAGAAAAUAGAGCAGGCCGCGCCAAAUUCGAACACUGCCAAUGUGACUAGCCUUUUUGAAUCUUUCGUCUGCCCUCUUUCAAAACAUUCUUUCAGCUUUUAUCUAUUAUUAGUUUUUUUUUUACAGGCUACCGACUUUAAAACUCCAGCAAUCAUGGAAUAUCAACAGAGCAAAAAACGCAAUUCGAUUGGUCAACCAGUGCCCGUUCAAUUGAAAAACAACUAUGCGCUUUCUGAGGUUGUUUCGGUUUUUUCUAAACCAAAUUUAUCUGAAGAUUUUUUCAGUCGACAAACUACGUGGCACCAAUUCAAACUAUUUCGAUUAUCCAAGAGCUUCCUCAAAGGUUUCUAACCAGAUUAUUGAAAAUGACUUUUUUUUGGAAACUUUCAGCCCUUUGUCUCUCAAAAGCUCAACCAAGAAAGAAGUGAAAGAUGUUACCAUGGAGGAAAUUUUCAGAACCGUUAUCGAAGAAGCUACCCGAGCUUCUGAUGCGCCAACGGUUAGUUCACUUUGCACAAGCGAGAAAGUUUUGAUUGUUUCAGACUGAAAAAGUCGAUGACCUCUCAGCCGAACAGAAUAUCUUUGUUCAAAGCGCAGAGCACAGUAUUGAAGUUCAGGUGAAAGACUUACUCUUUCGGUCUUUGAAAUGAUUAAUUUCAGAACAAUGAACCGUACUCAAACAUUGAUGACGUCGUGGCAUUUGUGCAUGGAGAAUUGGGGAUUCAGAACAACGGCAAUGGAAAUGAGUUCUCUGAAGAAAAUAUGGAGCAUGGUAUCAUUUGAAAAUUUUAUGAAAAAAAGGGCGCUUUCAUAAAAAAUGCAUAACGAAACAUUAUCUGGCACUUCUGAAAAAAAGGGGUUCUCAAAAAAAUAAAACUAAAUGGAAAUAAAUAUUAAAUUCCAAUUUAAUUCAUACAGUUUUUGUAAGACGAUUCGUUUGGAAGAAAGUUUCUGAAAUUUAAACGCAAAAAAUUGCAACAUGCGAAGUUUUAACGAUAUUUGAAUCGAUUAGGAAAUAUUUGUUGAGUGAAAGGAAAUUUGUCAUCUGUACGCAGAAAUAUUUGAACUUUAAGCAACGAAUGACAUCAUUCGAUUCAAAUUUGAAUAUUUCAGACGGGUUGUACGAGUCCGAAUCUGGCUUGACUGGCAUUAGCGUAAAUCUUGCCGACAUAAUUGAUUGGUACAGUGAGGACUGGGUUGACAAGGCCUUCGAAGAAAUCGGUGAAAAAGAAGAGAAUAACGCGAUCACCAAUGCUUCUCAACCGGAAAGUCGAAACUCCAUUCAUGGUUCCAGUGUGCAGGACAGUAAGCCAGAGACUGAGGUUUUUCUUUCUAGAAACAAAAACCAAAGCGAAGAUUUCAGAACAAGAAGUGGGUCAGCCCGGAUCUGCGCAAUUCUUCCAUCAAAAACCACCGCAAUUUUUAA